AUGUCCAGCCAACCUCUCCUCCAAACCGCUCCUGGCAAGCGCAUUGCCCUUCCCACCCGCGUGGAGCCCAAGGUCUUCUUCGCGAAUGAGCGAACCUUCCUCUCAUGGCUGAACUUCACCGUCAUCCUCGGUGGUCUCGCCGUUGGCCUGCUCAACUUCGGUGAUCGUAUUGGUCGUAUCUCCGCCGCACUCUUCACCAUCAUCGCGAUGGCAGCCAUGAUUUACGCCGUGGUCACGUUCCACUGGCGCGCACAAAGCAUCCGUCGCCGCGGGCAAAGCGGCUUCGACGACCGCUUCGGUCCUACUAUUCUGGCCAUUGCGCUUCUUUCUGCCGUGGUGGUCAACUUCGUUCUGCGCAUGCAGGACUCUGAGCUGAACUAA